CCCCCAGGACCAUUUUCUUCUUCCCCUCACUUCCCGCCUGUUGGCAGAGAAAGGCCAGAUGACAACCUGAAACCCAGCCAAGCCUACAGCUGUGAUCGCUGGUGAGGUCAACUCCAGCAAAUCGGAGGCAUCAAUAAUCUCCUUUAGGUAGUCCUUUAUUUUCACCAUUCUCAUCUUGAUAGAGGGAUCUCAAAGUAGGAAUCAAGUUGAGAAAAGACAGAAACAUCCUAAAGCCUCCCACUACAGCGCUGUAGUUAAGGACUCCUGCUCCAUCAAGACAGUCACUGGCCAACCAGUUAUCUGCCAAACCAUCAUCUGCCAGCCAGUCCUCAGCCAACCAGUUCUAAGUCAACAAGUCUUAGCCAACCAGGGAUGAAUCAACUGGGCAUGAACCAAUCAAGCAUGAACAAAUCAAGCUUACCAGACAGGAAUCAACCAGGGAUGAGCCAGCCAGGCAUGAGCUUAUUUGGGGUGAACCAACUAAACAUAAACCAACCAAAUACAACCUUAACUGACAUGAACCAACCAGGAAUGAGCCAGCCAGGCGAGAGCCAAAUAGGCAGGAGCCAACAAGGUACAUGUCUAUCUGACACAAACCAAUCAGGCACAUGGCAACUAGGUAUGAGUCAACCAGGCCUAAGUCAACCAGCCAUGUGGCAACCAGGCACGAGAAAACCACCCUUGAGCUUAUUCAGUACAAGUCAACUAAGCAUGAGGCAAUCAGGCCCAAGCCAGCCAUGCACGAGUCAACCAGGCCUGAGGCAACCAGGCCUGAGGCAACCAGGCCUGAGCCAAUUCAGUAUGGGUCAAUCAGUCAUAAGGCAACCAGGCUGGAGCCAAUCAGGCACAAGUCAAGCAGGAACAAGCCAAUCAGGGACAAGCCAAGCAGACAGAAACCAACCAAGUCCAAGCCAACCAGGCAGAAGCCAAUCAGGCAUGAGGCAGCCAAGCCUCAUGAAAUCUUUCCGAGUAAGACCUGCAGAGGCACAUGACUGCCCAGAAAUCCUGCGCCUAAUUAAAGAAUUGGCUUCCUGUGAAAACAUGCUAGAUUCAGUGAAGUUAACAGUAACAGAUUUACUCAGGGAUGGCUUUGGGGACAAUCCCCUUUUCUACUGCCUGAUUGCAGAAGUACACAGUCAACAAAAACCAUCAGGCAAAGUGACUGUUGGAUUUGCCAUGUACUACUUUACAUACGACCCCUGGAUUGGCAAGUUACUUUACCUAGAGGAUUUUUAUGUCAUACAAGCUUACCGAGGUCUAGGUAUUGGAGCUGAAAUGCUGAAGAGAUUAAGUCAGAUAGCCAUCAGAAGCCAGUGUAACUGCAUGCACUUUCUUGUUGUCAUUUGGAACCAAGCUUCUAUUGACUACUACACUCGUCGAGGAGCUUUAGACCUUUCAUCUGAGGAGGGCUGGCAUCUGUUCAGAUUUAACAGAGAAGAACUCAUGGAUAUGGCAAAGGAAGGCUGAAAGAGGAUUCAUCUCAAUUUGUCCCAACAUAUGCUCCAACAUUUGAAUGUCACCUGAGUCCAACAGCAGUUUGACUUUGAGUGUUGUACAAUACAGCAAGUGAUCAAA